AUGCCUCUGCCGCCGCCAGCCCCGUGUCCCCGGUGCCACCCGCCGCUCCCACUGUCGGCUCUGGAGCUCUUUCUGAUCCCCCAGCUCAGUCCCUGUGGGAGUUCCGUGCUGCAGAACAACCCGGAGCUCCAGGGACCGGAGCCCGAGGGUCCCGGCGGGUCCUCCCCGCGAUGCUCGGGGGCAUCCUCGGGGCCGGGAGGGGAGGGCAGGGCCGGGGGUGGUGCAGGGGGCGAGGGGCAGCGCUCGCCACCGCCGGGCCAAGGCAGCCCUCCAGCGGGGAUCUGCCGCCUGCCCGGGGCUCACGGCAAUGCUCCGCUGAGUGCGGGGUCGCCGAGACUCCGGUUCCCUCGGGCAGCAGCGGCCGAUGUGGGAAAGCUGCGGGCGGCGUUUUGGGCCUGCUGGGAGCGGGGAGCCGGAGGAGGAGGAAGGAGCGGCGAGGAGCCCGGAGCAGCAGCGCGGAGUGUGCGGGAUUCCCUCCGCAUCUCCUGUCCAAAGACUGAUGGGAAUUCCUCAAACCAAUACAACCAAAUGAUAAAUCUGAGGUUUCUGCUUUUCCCUUCUUCACCCUGUGGGUUCUGUGCUGUGUCACCCACUGGCCGUGUCCUGCUGGGCUUUAGCACCAGUGUCACAUCCAGGUCAGCUGGUUCCCUCCCUCCAGGAUGUGGUGCCCGAGGCUGGCCUGGCUGCUCCGGGGGCACCGCUGGCCAUGCCUGCCCCGGGACCCUGGAGCCGUCCUGGCUGUCCCAGGGCGCUCCCUCCCCACGGCCCCAGCGUCCCCUCCCUGUGCCUGGCAGCUGCACCAGGACCAUCUCGCCUCCUCUGGUCCCAUCCCUGGCAGAGCUGAGGUACGGGAGCACGGUGAUGCGCCUGGAUUUCGUGUGGCUGCGGGACCACUGCCGCUCUGCCUCCUGCUACAACGCCAAGACCAACCAGCGCAGCCUGGACACGGCCAGCGUGGACCUGGCCAUCCAGCCCCGGGCUGUGCGCGUGGACGGGGCCACACUCUUCCUCACCUGGCCCGAUGGACACGUCACACGCUACGGGCUGGAGUGGCUGGCCAGGAACAGCUACGAGGGGCAGAAGCAGCAGGUGAUGCACCCCAGGAUCCUCUGGAAUGCUGAGAUCUACCAGCAAGCCCAGGUGCCCUCCAUCGACUGCCGGAGCUUCCUGGAGACAGACGAGGGCCUGAAGGAAUUCCUGCAGAACUUCUUGUUGUACGGGAUCGCUUUCGUGGAGAACGUCACUCCCACCAAGGAGGACACGGAAAUCCUGGCAGAGAGGAUCAGCAUCAUCAGGGAGACCAUUUAUGGCAGGAUGUGGUACUUCACCUCUGACUUCUCCCGAGGAGACACAGCCUACACCAAGCUGGCCCUGGACCGACACACGGACACCACCUACUUCCAGGAGCCCUGUGGCAUCCAGGUGUUCCACUGCCUGAGGCACGAGGGCACGGGCGGGCGGACGCUGCUGGUGGACGGGUUCCACGCGGCCCAGCAGGUGCUGCAGGAGGCCCCAGAGCACUUUGAGCUGCUGGCCAAGGUGCCCCUCAAACACGAGUACGUGGAGAACGUGGGCGGCUGCCACAACCACAUGAUCGGCGUGGGGCCGGUGCUCAAUGUCUACCCCUGGAACAACGAGCUUUACCUCAUCAGGUACAACAACUACGACCGCGCCGUGAUCAACACGGUGCCGCACGACAUGGUGCGCCGCUGGUACCGCGCACACCGCGCCCUCACCGCCGAGCUGCGCCGGCCCAGCAACGAGCUCUGGGUCAAGCUGAAGCCAGGCAAGGUGGGACUGGGGCUGUGACCUCUGGGGCUGUGUCUGGGGCUGUGUCUGGGGCUGAGUCCUCUGGAGCUGUGUCCUCUGGGGCUGAGUCCUCUGGGGCUGCAUCCUCUGGGGCUGAGUCCUCUGGAGCUGUGUCCUCUGGAGCUGUGACCUCUGGGGCUGAGUCCUCUGGGGCUGAGUCCUCUGGGGCUCUCUCCUCUGGGGCUGUGUCCUCUGGGGCUGAGUCCUCUGGGGCUGAGUCC